CGCGCCCCGUCCCGGCAGCCCCCGCGCCGCCGCCGCCGCGAUUUGAAGAUGAAGUCUCCCGCGGCCGCCACCGCGCUCCUGCCCGCCGAGUGGCAGCUCUACCUGAGCGAGACCCGCCUGGCCACCUACCGCAGCUGGCCCUUCACCGAGGGCUGCGCCUGCACCCCGGAGCGGAUGGCAGAAGCCGGAUUCAUCCACUGCCCCAGUGAGAACGGGCCUGAUGUGGUGCAAUGCUUCUUCUGCUUCAAGGAGCUGGAAGGCUGGGAGCCGGAGGAUGACCCCCUAGAUGAGCACAGGAAACACUCCUCUGGCUGCGCUUUUCUCUCCCUCCAUAAGAACCCUGUUGACCUGACACUGCAGGAAUUCCUGAAACUGGACAAGGAACGAACAAGAAACAUGAUUAAAAAGCAAAUCUCUCAGAAAGUGACGGAGUUUAAGGAAGAAUCACAGCGUGCACGUCGUGAUAUUGAGAAGCUGGUCUCCUAGGCCCCUGCGAUUUGCCUUGUGCAGUGUCUGACUUGUAUAUAUGUUCUCUAGAGUUGUCUCUUUGUGCCCGGGUGGUGGUAGUAGUUCAGGUCCCUUUCAUGCAAGGAUCAAAGGGAUGUAUACUUAUAAACAAAGGGGGAGAUUUUCAAAAUCACCUAAGGCAUUUAGGACUGCAACUACGUUUGACGUUUGUGUUCCUAAAUCUCUUAAAUGACUCUGCAAACCUCCUUUGAAAUUUUCUCAUGUUGACACACAAAUAAAUGUCUAAAGGAAA